CUGUCAUUCAUACAUCAAAUUCUCAAAGACGAGUUCUUGCUUCACAUUCCGAAAGCAGUAAUUUAUUUUAACGCAAUAAACGGGGAAGUGUAACUGUGUAAUGAGUGUCUGGUGCUCGUGCUCGUGAUUGUUUAAAUGUGUGUUUAUUUAAAAUAAAUGCUGAUUUUUAUUUAAAAGUUAAUUUUAUAAGCUUCUGUGAUGGCGCCGAAUUUUAGUAAAAUUACCUCACGGACUGAUGUGAAAAUUGCGUUAGCAGCCUCUGCAGCGCUAAGUGCCUGGGUAAUCAGGAAUUCUUUGAAGUCAAGCAAACAUAAAAAUGUCAAAUCAAACCGCCUUUCACCUGAAGAACAGAUACAAUACAUGAUAAAAGAGAAAAAUAAAAAGGAUCCAAAGGCCCAAGUAGAUGCACGGUUCCUGGCUGAACUGAGUGCACUAUGGAAGAUCAUGAUGCCAUCUUUAUGGUGCAAGGAGAGUGGAUUUAUGGUCAUGGUCGCUCUUUCCCUGAUAUCAAGGUCUAUGUGUGAUCUAUGGCUUAUACAGCAUACUACACUAAUUGAAGGAUCCAUCAUCACAAUGAAUCACAAGGAGUUUAGAAGGUUAUUAACACAAUUCUUCAUUGCCAUGCCUGUCAUCUCAUUAGUAAACAAUGCACUGAAGUGGAGUAUAGGGGAACUGAAGUUACGACUUAGGACCAAUUUGACAAUGUUUUUGUACCAACAGUACCUGAAGGGCUUCACCUACUACCAAGUAUCAAACCUGGACAAUAGGAUAUCGAAUGCUGACCAACUGUUGACCACAGACAUUGAGAAGUUCUGCGAUACAGUCGUGGACCUGUACAGUAAUAUCAGCAAACCGAUGCUGGAUAUCGGUAUUUACUUGUACAGGUUGACUGUUAAUUUGGGGGCUUCGACUCCUGGUAUCAUGAUGGCAUACUUACUUCUAUCUGGAGUGUUCCUCACAUACCUCAGGAGACCUACUGCUAAGAUGACGGUCCAUGAGCAGAAACUGGAAGGAGAGUUCAGAUACGUGAACUCCAGGCUGAUCACUUAUUCCGAGGAGGUCGCCUUCUACCAGGGCAACCACCGGGAGCAACUGACGCUGCUCGCCAGCUUCUACAAGCUGACCAGACAUCUGCGCAACUUCCUCAACUUCAGGGUCGGCAUGGGAUUCAUUGACAACAUCAUCGCCAAAUAUGUGGCCAUAACUGUCGGUUUCUACGCCGUGUCUCGCCCGUUCUUCGCAGUCGACCACAACCUGCUUACUGCCGGCACUGAGAAUGAUAGGUUCAAGGUAAUUUCUCCUACAUAUUUUAGUAGAAUGCCUCGUGGAUCGCGUGACGUCAAGAGGGAAUACACCCGGACCAUGGUGGAUAGUUUCCCGAACUCGCAGAAUGGGAGCUGGAUCCCAGCGAUACUGGCGCCGGGCGCGGGCCGCAUCAUCUACCAAGACAAGAUCAUCCGGUUCGACAAGGUGCCGCUCGUCACGCCCAACGGGGACGUACUCAUCAAGGACCUCACCUUCGAAGUCCGUUCGGGUAUAAACGUUCUGGUGUGCGGUCCCAAUGGCUGCGGCAAGUCGUCCAUGUUCCGCCAGCUCGGCGAGCUGUGGCCCAUAUUUGGAGGCACCCUCACCAAGCCGCCCAAAGGCAAGCUCUUCUACGUGCCGCAGAGACCUUACAUGACGCUGGGUACUUUGAGAGAUCAGAUAAUCUACCCACAAACUCGCGAGGAGAUGCAGAGACGAGGUCGUUCCGACGAGCAACUGCAUCGCUUCCUGGAGAUCGUGCAGCUGUCGUACCUCACCAACCGCGAGGGGGCGCUGGACGCCGUCGAGGACUGGAUGGAUGUACUGUCCGGGGGAGAGAAACAGAGGAUCGCUAUGGCGCGUCUAUUCUACCACGAGCCUCAGUUCGCGAUCCUGGAUGAGUGCACCAGCGCAGUGUCCGUGGACGUCGAGGGACAGAUGUACCAGUACUGCAGAGAAGUCGGUAUAUCACUAUUCACGGUGUCUCACCGCAAGUCCCUAUGGAAGCAUCACGACCACUACCUACAGAUGGACGGCAGAGGCGGCUUCGUGUUCGGCGAGAUCGACAACGAGACGCAAGAGUUCGGCUCGUGAUUGUUAACUCCUUUACACAUAGCAUAACUAGAGCUUAAUGCACAUAGAACGUUAUAAAGGAAAAAAAAAUACUUUGUUCUUUUGGUUGAAAGUUUAAUAUUGUUUGGGACGUCAGCAGCUCAUGAUAAUCCUGGACUCUGGCCUCCUCUUAUAAGAGUUGGUCAUAAUCUUCACGCUCUGUGGCCAGAUUAAAGAUCGUCGUUUAAAAGGUUCAGGUUUAUGAAAAAGCAAGAAGAAUGUGUUAAGUGUAUUAUGCUGUCGACCGUCGACACAGGAAAGAGGACCUAUAUAAGUUUUUUGUUGCAAGUAAUAUUGUUCUGUACAUCGCAUUUAAAAACACAAUUAUGUUCUGGAUGUAUUUACGACAGAUUCACGCUAUUUACAAUAGCAAAAUUAAGUUUAUUUUUAGUGAUUGCUGUAUGUUUUAUAUUAACUUAUUAUUUAAUACAAAUUAUCUAAAUUAGUUUAAUUUAGUUCUUCCCUUUUGGAAGUAGAUGAAAUAACGUUCUAUGUGCAUUAGUCUCCAUACAUAUAUAGAUUAUACAAAUGUAAUAAUAAAUUAUGUUGAUCUUUAUACUCUGUUCACUUCUAAUUUAAUGUGGUUGGUGUAAUAAUAUAUGAACGUUUUUCCAACUAUCGUCGUAUUUUUACAAUCAUUAGGGCUCAAAAACUUCUAUAAUUGAGUUGAAAAUGUAAGUACUACUUUUAUACUACGUCAUAGUAAAUAUUUACUCACGUCACUUCAAUCGGUAGUAAAUGUGAGAAAAGUAGUUUGUCAUGGUCAAUUGUGGAUCUAUUUAUGAGUGCCAUAACUCAUCUAAAUUGUACCAGGUAAUGAUGUUAGUCGAUUGAUUUUAAAAAGCAUGUGUUGCUUUGGCCACUGAAUUGAUGCAGCUACAUAUUUAUAGAACUAUUUCGUUUUACAAGUAAAAAGAGUAGUGAAACUAUUAUUUAUGAUAAAUGUAUGGCUAAUUGUAGUUGAAUCAUGAAAUAUUUGAUGUUUUAAAUAUAAUUUCCUUCUCUAUUUAACACUAGUUGUACCUAAAUAGCUACACCAGACCAAUCUAUCUUAGUGAAUUCAUUAUAUUUAGAAACAAUUUAUUUUAUGUUUAUUUUUAUUUAGCAAAUGGCGACAUUUUGGUGUCUGUUUAAGUUUUAUAAAACGAAAGAGCGAGAAAUAAAAUCAUAUUUUUUAUAGUGUUAUGAUUUUAUAUCAUAGGGAGGUUCCCAUAUAGGCAAUGAUUCAAUAAAAUAUUCAUAGUUCAUACCAUUCAAUCUGCAAUAUUAUGAUAAUUGUGUCCCAAGUUACCCGUCUGAGGAAUAAUACAAAAUGUAAGAAUUUAUAUUUAAUAGAUAAUUCUAUAUUUAUAGACAUAACGUUAUUUAUUAGGUACUCUUAAUUGUUUUGUGAUAGUUUACACACAAUAUGACAACUAUUAAAUAAAAGAUAUAAUAUCUUUACAAAAUAUUAUUUUUAAUUAACUAUAAUGAACAAAUGUUUAAUAUUUUAAGUGAUUGUUCUGUUAAAAAUAUAUACAACUCUACAUUCAUAAUAAAUUAAAUGCGAAAUGUUAAGGGUUUUGUGGAGUGGUGAGCAUGUAUUGAAAUGUUUUGUCGCGUUAACCUCUAGCCAACUUAAUUACUGAGCAUAUGGAUAUGCAAACUAUCAGGAAAUUUUGUAAAACGUGUACUCAGACCUUAUUGGUCAUACAUAAACAAAUUGUCAAUGGAAUGGCCUUGGUACCAACAAUAGUUUGUCUUCUAUCAACACGUAAUCAACGAAUAUUGCAUAAAAUUACAAGGUCAUCUCAUUGCGCCUUCGUUUUACUUGAGGCCAUGGCCCAUUAUUUGUAUAAUGUACUGUGGAAAUCUUGUAUGACACUGCUGUGAUAGAUGUUAAGUUUUGUUGUUCUUUUCGUGUUGGUGGGUGCUGGGUCAAUAAAGAGGGUUCAGGAAUA